GUGAACUCAGCGGGGGAGCACUCGUAUCUCCUCACCCUCACUUUCAUUCGCACGUCUUCUUCCCCUCGUAUUAAGACAGAUAUAUAUAUACCAUGUCGUGUCCAACACCCGUCCCAACAGCGACGCUGUACACAACCGUCUAUAGCACAACCACCGUCACCGAGUCGGGCGGAGGCGGUGGUGCUGGGUCGAGCACACCGUCCUCGUCUUCCUCGACCAGCAGCUCAUCCUCUCCUUCCAGCAGCUCAACGCCUUCACCGGGCUCGGGGGUCGGCAGCAGCAGCGGCAGUGGCAGCAGUGUAGAGGCUACAUCCUCAAAAAGAAAUGAAGCCGGCAGCGGCGGCAGCAGAAGCAUGGCGGAAAAUGGACGGCGAUGGAUCAAGUUCGGCAAGCCGCUGCCCGACCUUGUGCCAGCGAAGGCGAGGGAUGAACCAGCACCUGGGGCCAGCUACCACUUUGCGCGGGUCGUUCACAGUGGUGCGCGAGGUGCCGAUGGCGCACAACAGCAUUUACAGGCGCUGGCGAGUGCAGCAAACGCCAUCUACCCCGAGCUGCUCGUUGCGCGCCAGCAGGCCCGCACCUUCAUCAGCACUAUCACGAGGAGCUACGCUACCGCAACGCUGUACAGUACACCUGCAUGCAACACUCCUGCAUCCUCACACCAACAACAGCAGCCCUCAUCGUUUCAGCAGAGUCAACAACAGUCGUCCCAGGAACAGCCGGUAGCUUCCAGCGAGCCGCUCUUCCCGCUCACGCUGCCCGCAACAACGGGGUCCGAGACGACGCGUACGGCACCCAUCGUGACCUACCUCACCUCGACGUACUACGCCACGCCGACGUCCAGCAGCGGCACAGCGAAAGCCUCUAACGUUGGCGGCCUCGCGAACGGGGACGGGAGCGGCGAUGGCAGCGGCAGCGUAAACGCGGGCGCCAUCGCCGGCGGCGUCGUCGGCGGCAUCGCAGGAGCCGCUGGGCUCCUCUUUCUCUUCUUCUGGCUCUGCCGCCGUAACAAGCAGCGCCAGCAGCUGCAGCAAGCGCAUGAUGGCGGCCUCCCGUCCAAGGAAGGUUCCCUCGCUGAUGGUGGCAGCGGCAGCAAGGCAUUCCUCGGCGGCGUAGGUGGCCUCUUUGCGAGGAAACACCAGCGCCUCGACUCGUACUUUGACCCAACGGGUGUGAGGGGCGCGCACGGCGGUGGCGGGUAUGGCGAUCAAAGCUUCGAAUACUUUGGCACCUCGGGCGGGGCGCGCACGUCGACAUCCGAGAUCGGACGCGCAUUCACUGCAGGCGGCGCUGCCGGCGCCGAGGCUGAUGCCGAUGACGCCGACCUGCUGCACGAUCCGCGCCGCGAGUCGUGGGGGAUGCUCGGCGUUAAUGUCAAGCACGCUGGCCGUCUUGGUGCCGAAUCGCCCAUCGCGCGUCACCUCUCUCAGUCAUACAGCCACGCGUCGGCCAACUCGGCCGUGUAUGCCUCCUUUGCCGACACUUCCACCACCGCCACCGCUGGGAGCGUCGAGUGGCCGUCGACGGUGUCGCCUAAGCACGAGAAGCAGUAUGCGGGCAUCACCGCGCAGGAUGUAAAUGCGUACUACGCCGUCGGUGCCGCGGCGCAUGUCAAGCAACAGCAGCAGCUGCUGCUGCCGCAACACCCAGCCGCUGGCCCGAACCACCACGAGCCGCUCGACUUUGACCAACAGGUUGCCAUGGUCGCGUUUCCGCCACCGGAAACGCGUGCACAGCUCAGCAAGAUGCUCCCGACAAGCCCGAAUUUCUACGGCUUUGCACCCUCGCCUGCGCGCGCGCUCAGUCCCUCGCGCGUCGGCGCCGACAGUGCGGAUCGGGGCCAGCGCCACUCAGCAACGCCGACAUCGCACAGCGAGGCGAAAGAGGAGAUCGGGCUCGCGAUGACCAGCGAUGACGCCGUUAGUGCUGCCAGUGCAAGUGAGGCGUGCAGUGAGGCGUCGCACGAAGGUGCGCGCUCCCGCUUAAGCGGCGCCAUCAGCUCGUUCAGUGGCCUCCGUCACGGCAACAGCGUGCGUACCAACGGCCCUGGGCAGCAGCUCGCGCAGGCCCCUGCUGCUGCUGCUGUUGCGCCGCCGACGCAUAACCGCGCAAGGAGUGACAAUAGUUUGCUCGACGCGGCCAUGUCUCUCUCACGCCAGGAGUCCCUGGCUUUUCCCCCCGGUACGGAAGCCGCGCAAUCAGCAGUUGUCGAGAAGGCUGAUGCGACCGCGCCGUACGCCGACACGGUCCCCAACGCUUCCCCUUCGGUGUACUGUGCACUCAACUCUCCUGACUCUCAGCCGCCCGCCGGGCCUUCCUCGCCGACGGGCAGUAGCGUGCGCAGCUUGUCGUAUACGAAGAGCAGCCAGCAGCAGCACGCUGCUCACGUGCAGGCACAGCACCAGCACCAGCAUCGCCUCUCCGGCGGCAACUGGUCCGUCUCACGGUCCAGGCCCAUCACGCCGCCGUUCACCCCCGGGCUGUAUGAGAACUAUCCAUCCAUGUACACGCACCUCGAUGCGCAGGAGGACGGCAGCAACGCCGCGCCUGGCGGCGGUGCUGGCGAGCAGAUGAUGGGCGUUGCGCGCAGCGCCAGCGGCAGCUUCUUUGCAACUAGUACGUCCGGCAUAACGAUGCCCACGCUCUCGUCUGCAUCGUCCAGCUCGGUGCCUUCCGAGGCUGACUUUAGCACGCAGCACCAGGCCCAACUGCAGGGGAACAACCACCAGUUGCUUGGGAGCAUUUUCGGCGAGCAUCAACGGCAGCUCUCCCGCGGCAGCUCCAAUGAGCAGCACAUGUGGAUGCAGCCCCCCCGUAGUGGCAACACCAUGCAGCAGCAGCAGAUGUCAGCGCCCCCAAUGGGCCCGCUACCAAGCCUACCGUCGAAUGGCAGCAUUCUUGACCCACACGGCGUAGCCAUUGGGCCGCCACGGACAACCGCAGCGCUAGUCACAGCUGCGUCGAUGCACAAGACGCCGGCAUUCGCGCGCGCGCUCGGCAGGGAUGUCCAUAGCGGUGCCGCAGAGUUUGUCGCCGUCGUGCCCGCCUCGGAGGUGGACCGCGACGCAGAGGAGACAGAGCGCCUCGGAGCCAACUUCUGGCGCGCAUCUGGCGUCCUGCACAUCGUCAAUUCCGGCGCGUAGACACCCUUGUGGUCG